UUAUAAAUUAAAUUUACCGCUGUAAUUCUCUAAUUCAACACCCAUCCGCCGCACGACAGAGAAGGGACAAGUCACUUCUAAAGGAAUAAAAGGAAACCAAUUAAGCAUGGCACAGAAGGAGAAGCUCCAAUGUCUGAAGGACUUCCACAAGGACACCCUCAAGCCCUCCCCAGGAAAAAGCCCUGGCACCCGGCCAGAAGAUGAAGCUGAGGGCAAGCACCCACAGCGAGAGAAGUGGGCCAGCAAGCUUGACUUUCUUCUGUCUGUUGCUGGGGGCUUUGUUGGUUUAGGCAACGUCUGGCGUUUCCCGUAUCUCUGCUAUAAGAAUGGCGGAGGUGCAUUUCUUAUACCAUACUUCAUUUUCCUGUUUGGUGGAGGUCUGCCAGUGUUCUUUCUGGAGGUUGCCCUCGGCCAGUACACUUCAGAGGGAGGAAUCACUUGUUGGGGAAAAGUUUGCCCCAUCUUCACUGGUAUCGGCUAUGCAUCCAUUGUGAUUGUGUCUUUGUUGAACAUCUACUACAUCGUGAUCUUAGCAUGGGGGCUGUACUACCUGUUCCAGUGCUUCCAGCCAGAGCUGCCUUGGGCCAAGUGCAACCAGCCCUGGAACACGGAGAACUGUGUGGAAGACACCCUGCGUAAAAACAGGACUGACUGGGCCAAUGUCACCAACUUCACUUCUCCGGUCACUGAAUUUUGGGAGCGCAAUGUCCUCAGUAUCUCUGGUGGCAUUGAGGAUGUGGGCCGUGUUAAAUGGGACCUGGCUCUGUGUCUGCUGGCAGUGUGGGUUAUCUGCUUCUUCUGCAUCUGGAAAGGCGUGAAAUCCACAGGGAAGGUUGUGUACGUCACUGCCACUUUUCCUUUUGUCAUGCUGAUCAUUCUCCUGGUCCGGGGUGUUACCCUUCCCGGUGCAGCUGAGGGCAUCAAGUUUUACCUGUACCCUAAUGUGACCCGUCUGGAAGAUCCUGAGGUUUGGAUAGAUGCAGGCACUCAGAUUUUCUUCUCCUAUGCAAUUUGCCUGGGUGCUAUGACAUCACUGGGAAGCUACAACAAAUACAAAUACAAUUGCUACAGGGACUGUUUGCUGCUGGGAGGCCUGAACAGCGCUACCAGUUUUGUGUCUGGCUUCGCAAUAUUUUCCGUCCUGGGCUUCAUGGCACAAGAGCAAGGGGUGGACAUUGCCGAUGUGGCAGAGUCAGGUCCUGGUUUGGCCUUCAUCGCUUACCCAAAAGCUGUCACUAUGAUGCCGCUGCCUACAGUUUGGGCCAUUCUGUUCUUCAUCAUGCUCCUGCUACUGGGACUUGACAGUCAGUUUGUCGAAGUGGAAGGGCAGAUCACGUCUUUGGUAGAUCUGUAUCCAUCCUUCCUACGGAAGGGUUACCGGCGGGAAAUCUUCAUAGCUAUAGUGUGUUUCCUGAGCUACCUGUUGGGACUUACUAUGGUCACAGAGGGUGGCAUGUAUGUGUUUCAACUCUUUGACUACUACGCAGCCAGUGGUGUUUGUCUUUUGUGGGUUGCAUUCUUUGAAUGUGUUGCUGUAGCCUGGGUUUAUGGCGCUGAUAAUUUCUAUGAUGCGAUUGAGGACAUGAUUGGGUACAGGCCAAAUCCCUGGAUGAAGUGGAGCUGGACUGUGGUCACCCCUGUUCUCUGUGUGGGAUGCUUUGUGUUCUCCUUGGUCAAGUACAAGCCUCUGACGUACAACAAAGUCUAUGAGUACCCAGACUGGGCCAUCGGUGUGGGCUGGACGCUUGCCCUUGCCUCUAUGAUCUGUAUCCCUAUGGUGGUGGUGAUUAAGAUAAUCCAGUCUGAUGGUCCUCUCAUAGAGAGGAUCAAGGCAGUGGCAGCCCCUGUUAGGGGAGGGGCCAGCUCGUGCCCCCAGGAAUACCGUCCCAAGACCAGCGAUCUGGCUCACCCAUUGGACCCCAACGGGAACAAUGGCUUGAUCAAGCCCACCCACACUAUUGUAGAAACGAUGAUGUGAGCGCUCUCUAUGAGAGGAUCCAAUUGAUCUGCUUUCCAUUAUAUAUAUAUAAUUAUAUAUAUACAUAUAUAUAUAUAUACUCAGUAACUUUUAACUAGUCAUAGGACCAGGUUUACAUUGCUACAUAUCUGCACUUGAGUCCUUUUUUUUCUACAGAGGAAGUUACAUGUUUUAUUUUCUGUCUGUUUUUAAUAUUUUUAUCAUAUUAUUGUUGUUAUUAAAUGACUUUUAUUGUUGUUGCUGUAAUUGGGGGGAGAACUGAUGACGAGGCACAAUGAAACAUUAUCUUGGAAUUAGAUUUGUAACUGUUCUAACUUUGCUUCCUCUUUGUAAAUAAUUGCAAUUAAGUGAUCUCAAUCGGGGUGAAAAAG